AUGAAGUGCUUCACCGUUGCCACUGUAGCCCUUGCGGCUCUCGCUGAGGUUGCUCAGGCUCACUACAUCUUCCAGACCCUGACUGCCAACGGCGUCAAGGGAGGUCUGUUCCAGAACAUCAGGCCUGUGCCCAACAACAGCCCUGUCACCGACCUGUCGGACAAGAACCUCCGCUGCAACACCAACGGAAACAGCGGCAGUGGAACCACCACUGUGUCCGUUGCUGCUGGCUCGACCGUCAGCUUCACUGCCGAUCAGGCUGUCUACCACCAAGGACCAGUUUCCUUCUACAUGAGCAAGGCCAGCUCUGCCGCCUCUUCAGACGGUUCCGGUGACUGGUUCAAGAUCAAGGAGAUUGGCCCCAACUUCUCCAGUGGACAGGCCGUGUGGGACUUGAGCACCACCUACUCCGUCACCAUCCCCUCCCAGGUCGCCGCUGGAGAGUACCUCCUCCGUAUCGAGCAGCUCGGUAUCCACAACCCCGGUAGCCCGCCACAAUUCUACAUCUCUUGCGCACAAAUCAAGGUCACUGGUGGCGGCAGCGGCAACCCCUCUCCCACCACCAAGAUCCCCGGACACGUCAAGUCCACCGACUCUGGCUACACUGCCAACAUCUACAGCAACUUCAAGAGCUACGUUGUUCCCGGCCCCAAGGUCGCUACCUUCUAA